AUGGAACGAUGCCAGGGUUCGACUCAUGCCGACGGGAGCUGGGUGCCGCGUGCCGCACCUCCGUACGAGAUUAUGCCGGCGGCGUUCUACGCUCGCUUUCAAGACGCCUCUCACUCUCUUCCGAGGUCGUUCCAUGGCGCCGCCGCCGGCCUCACAUGCGACGAUCGGUCCUUCACCCGGCGGAAGGAGCCUCGCAAGCAUUACGAGUGGCGGCCGCGAGCAUGCGCGCUCGAUGCGUGGGACCGCACCCGAGCGUGCGCUCUGCUCGAGGAGCGCGACGUACGGCAGGUGGUCGUGGUUGGCGACUCGAUCAGCGAGCAGAUUUACGUUUCGCUCGUGAUGCUGCUGCAGGGCCUCGACGGGUUUGGUCCGCCCGUCAAUGGGAGCACGAGAGUCGUCGCUGCAAAGGGUGCUGAACUCCACUCGAAGGCAGCUGUGGCGUGCGACGGCCGCGUCCGCCUCUCCUACGCUCGCAACGACCUGCUGCUGUGGAGCUCGUCGGGAGCGGAGACCAACCUCGUGCGGUGGUGUGCGGGUAACACGAUCCUCGAGCCGUGGGCAGUGCGCGCCGUGCAUGACGCCGACCUCCUGGUGCUCGGCGCUGGCAUUCACGCCGUCUCCUCUCUCGAGAGCAUCAACUCGUCGGCGGCCGCCGCCUUCCCAGCGCACAACCUGCGCCACACGCUGCGCCGUCUGGUGGCCGAACGGGCAAAGCGCGGUGCGGCGCCGGAGUCGGUCGUGGUGCUUGGCGCCCCACUUCCGACGCCGGGGUGCGAGAGUAUUGGCGCGCCACUCACCCUCUCGGGUGCAGCGCUGCACGCCGGUCGGCUCAAGGCCCACCCCUUCGCUGCACAGUGGCGGCAGCUACAGCACUUCAAUCAAGCAGCGCAGUGGGUCGCGCAAGACGCGGGCGUGGUGUGGAUCGACGUCGCGGCGCUCAGCAGAACGCGGCCCGACGCGGCGGUGGCGGCACAUGGCCUCGGCACGCCUGCCAGCCGGGGACGAGUUUCGUCCGUUGGUGACUGCGUGCACACCUGCCAGCCGGGGCCGAUUGACGAGUACGUGCGUCUGCUCUUCCACGAGGUGCGGAGCAGGACGGCGCUGCGCGUUUCCGUGACGCCUAAGACCCGCCGCUUCUUCUCGGUGUCGGAGGCGGAGUGGCUUCGCCACCGCCCCCUCGAGCGGCACGGGGGCGUCGGCCUCCCGCCCGAGCUGCAGCCGGCAAAAAUGGGCUACCUCUGCGCCUCCGCGGCACCCUGGUUCCCGUACCUCGAGUGCCGGGGCCGUUCCGCGCCGCAGCAAGCCAAUUUUUGUUUGGGGAUGCUCGACGCAGAGACAAAGCGGUCCCUGAUGGAGAUGGGCACGCCGGCGUGA